AUGUCACGGCUAAUUGUGAAGAAUAUACCAAAUUUGAUAACAGAAGCUUAAUUAAAGACAAUAUUUGAAAAAAAGGGUGAAGUUUCUGAUGUUAAAGUUAUUUUUAAAGGUAAUAAGAAUAGAAGAUUCUGUUUUAUUGGUUAUAAGAAUGAAUCUGAUGCAAUCAAAGCUAAAGAACAUUUUGAUAAAACAUAUAUAAUGAUGUCAAAAAUAUAAGUUGAUUUUGCUAAAACUGUAGAUGAUCCAAACUUACCUAGAGCUUGGUCAAGACACACUCCUGGAUCAUCAGCAUUUUAGAAAAUUCAUUAAGGUGAAGAACCACCAGUCACAAAAAAAAUUAAAAAAAAUAAAGAAUAACAAGAAUAACAAGAAGAAUAAACAGAACCUUAAAAUUAAUAAAAAUCUAAAAAAUUUUAAGAGUUCUUAUAAUUAAUGAAAACUAAUUAAAAAACAAAUCAAGAGAUAUCAUGGAAUGAUAAUGUAAAUAAUUAAUUAGAUGAAAUAUUUGAAAAAAUAGAAAAAGAAAAACCAAAAAUUAUUUAAUAAUAACCUACAUCUAAUCCAAAUGCAAAUGUGAAUGAAAGAAGGCUGUAUGUGACAAAUAUUCCAUAUACAAGUACAGAAUAAGAGUUGAAAACAGUAUUUGAAAAAUAUGGAACUGUUUCUAGUUUAAAGAUACCAAAAUAGAGAGGAGGAUCACUAUCUGGAUUCUGUUUUGUUGAAUAUCAAUUGCCGGAAGAAGCAAUCAGAGCAUUUAGUGAAUUAGAUAAUAAAAUUGUUUUGGGAAGGAUUUUUCAUGUUAGACCAGCUUUUAAAGAUGAUAAAGAAGAAUAAUAAAAAUAAGAAUAAUUAGAGAAAUAAGAAAAGAUGAUAGGAGAAGAAAAAUCAUCAUAUAAAAAGUUUAAGAAAUAACAAAUGCUUGAAAGAUUAAAUGAUACUACAUCAUGGAAUACAUUGUUUUUAAAUCCAAAUACAAUCAUUGAAGGAAUUUGCAAGAAAUAUUCUUUGGAUAAAAAAGAAAUAUUAUCUGAAGAAAAUGAUGAUAUGGCAGUUAAGAUGGCUUAAAUGGAAACAUAAGUUAUCAAAGAAACAAAGGAUUGGUUAAAAAGCAUAGGCUUGAAUAUUGAUUUUCUUAAGGUAGAAAAAAAUUAAUGUGAAAGAUCUUCUAUAACACUAUUUGUUAAGAAUAUACAAUUUAGAGUUAAUGAAACAGAUUUAAAUGAACUUUUUUCAAGAUAUGGUUAAGUUAAUAAAGUAUUCCUUGCUCCUAAUCGAUCUAUUGGAAUUGUUACUAUGUAAGAUGAUAAAUAAGCUACAAAUGCAUUUACCAAUUUGCAAAAUUAUAAAUUUAAAGGAUCUAUACUUUAUUUAGAAUGGGCUCCAACAACAUUAAUGGGAGAAACAAAUAAAAAUAAUGAUGUAAAUGAAUAGAUUGAAGAAUAACAAAAUGAAUUGACUCGAAUUCUUUAUGUUAAGAAUCUUAAUUUCAGUACAACUGAAAAAAUUUUACUUAAAUUUUUAUCUUCAAAAGUUAAUGAUAUAAAGAAAGUUACUAUUAUAAAUAAAGAAGGAGUUUCUUAAGGUUAUGGAUUUAUUGAAUUUGAUAAACCAGAAUCUGCCCAAAAAGCAUUGCGUUUAAAUAACUUAAUUUUAGAUGAUCAUCUUUUAUAACUUAGUUAGAGUAAACCAAAACCAAAAUAAGGUAUUAAUAAAUUAACUUUUCAUUAGAUAUAAAUAAAAGAAAAUAGAAAUAGGAAAUUGAACCUACAAAUAAGCUAUUAAUUAAAAAUUUACCCUUUGAAGCCAACGCCUAAGAAUUAAGAAGAUUGAUCAAAUAAUAUGGAGAACUUAAAAAAUUAAGACUACCUAAAAAACUUGAUGGCAGUAUAAGAGGAUUUGCAUUUGCUGAAUUUGUAAAUAAUGAAGAAGCUUAAAAUGCUGCUGAAUCUUUAUAAAAUACACAUUUCUAUGGAAGAAGAUUAGUUAUUGAAUAUUCAAAAGAAGAGUGAC